GUGAAACCUAAAGAGUGUCAGACUGGAUGAUAGAUUAGCUAAAGAGUAAAUAAGGUCAAUUUCUACGAAACAUACAAAGAAGAACUUACACCAAUCCAUCUCAAAGUCUUCCAAAAGACUGAAGAGGACAGAACACUCCCAAAGUCAUUCUAUGAAGCUACCACCACCCUGAUACAAAAACCUGACAAAAACACCACCAAAAAAGAAAAUUACAGGCCAAUAUCUUUGACGAAUAUAGAUGCAAAAAUUCUCCACAAAAUAUUAGCAAACCAAAUCCAACAACACAUAAAAAAGAUCAUACAGCAGGAUCAAGCUGGAUUCGUCCCAGGAUCAAAGGAUGGCUCAACAUAUGUAAAUCAAUCAAUGUAAUACACUACAUCAAGAAAAGAAAAGACAAAAACCACGUGACCAUCUCAAUAGAUGCAGAAAAAGCAUUUGAUAAAAUUCAACAUCCAUUCAUGAUAAAAACUCUCACCAAAGUGGGUAUAAAGGGAACAUAUCUCAACAUAAUAAAAGCUAUUUAUGAGACUUCCCUAGUGGCACAGUGUUUAAGAAUCUGCCUGCCAAUGCAGGGGACACGGGUUCGAACCCUGGUCCAGGAAGAUCCCACAUGCCGUGGAGCAAGUAAGCCUGUACACCAUAACUACUGAACCUGUGCUCUAGAGCCCGCGAGCCACAACUACUGAGCCCGUGUGCCACAACUACUGAAGUCCAUGUGCCUAGAGCCCAUGCUCUGUAACAAGAGAAGCCACCACAAUGAGAAGCCCAUGCACUGCAACAAAGAGUAACCGCCACUCACUGAAACUAGAGAAAGCCCGCGCGCAGCAACAAAGACCCAAUGCAGCCAAAAAGAAAAGCUACUUAUGACAAACCCACAGCCAACAUAAUACUCAAUGGUGAAAAGCUGAAAGCCUUCCUGCUAAAAUCUGGAACAAGACAAGGACGCCCACCCUCACCACUUCUAUUCAACAUAGUAUUGGAAGUCCUAGCCAGAGCAAUCAAACAAGAAAAAGAAAUAAAAUGUAUCCAAAUUGAAAGGAAAGAUGUAAAAUUCUCAUUAUAUGCAGAUGACAUGAUACUAUAUAUUGAAAACCCUAAAGACUCCACACAAAAACUACUAGAACUGAUAACUGAAUUCAGCAAGGUAGCAGGAUACAAGAUUAACACACAGAAAUCAGCUGCACUUCUUUACACUAACAAUGAAAUAUCAGAAAGGGAAAGUAAGAAAACAAUCCCUUUUAAAAUUUCAUUAAAAAAAUUAAAAUACUUUGGGCUUCCCUGGUAGCACAGUGGUUGAGAAUCUGCCUGCUAAUGCAGGGGACACGGGUUCGAGCCCUGGUCUGGGAAGAUCCCACAUGCCACGGAGCAACUAGGCCCAUGAGCCACAGCUACUGAGCCUGCACAUCUGGAGCCUGUGCUCCACCACAAGAGAGGCUGCAAUAGUGAGAGGCCCGUGCACCGUGAUGAUGAGUGGGCCCCGCUUGCCACAACUAGAGAAAGCCCUCACACAGAAACAAAGACCCAACACAGCCAACAAUAAAUAAAUAAACAAAUGUGGGGUUAAAAAAAAUUAAAAUACUUAGAAAUAAACCUGAUCAAGGAGGUAAAAGACUUAUAUGCUGAGAGCUAUAAAACACCGAUAAAAGAAACUGAAGAUGAUUCAAAGAAAUGGAAAGCUAUCCCAUGAUCUUGGGUUAGAAGAAUUAAUAGUGUUAAAAUGGCCAUACUACCCAAAGCGAUCUACAGAUUCAAUGAAAUCUCCAUCAAAUUACCCACGACAUUUUUCACAGAACUAGAACAAGAAAAUUCUAAAAUUUAUAUGGACCCAUAAAAGACCCAUAUUGCCAAAGCAAUCCUGAGGAAAAAGAAAAAAGCUGGAAGCAUAACCCUCCCACACCACAGACAAUACUAUAAAGUUAUAGUCAUCAAAACAGCAUGGUACUGGCAUAAAAACAGACACAUGGAUCAAUGGAACAGAAGAGAGAGCCCAGAAAUAAACCCACACACCUAUGGUCAAUUAAUUUUCAACAAAGGAGGCAAGAAUAUACAAUGGAAAAAAGACAAUCUCUUCAGGAAGUGGUGGUGGGAAAGCUGGACAGCCACAUGUAAAUCAAUGAAGUUAGAACACUCCCUCAUACCAUACACAAAAAUAAACUCAAAAUGGCUUAAAGACUUAAACAUGAGACAUGAUGCCAUAAAACUUUUAGAAGAGAACAUAUGCAAAACAUUCUCUGACAUAAACCAUAACAAUGUUUUGUUAGGUCAGGGCAAAAGAAAUAAAAGCAAAAAUAAACAAAUGGGACCUAAUCAAACUUAUAAGCUCUUGCACAACAAAGGAAACCACAAACAAAAUGAAAAGACAACCUAUGGACUGGGAGAAAAUAUUUGCAAACAAUGUGAUUGACAAGGGCUUAAUUUCCAAAAUAUAUAAACAGCUCAUACAACUCAAUAACAAAAAACAAAUAACCCAACAAAAAAAUGGACAGAGACCUAAAUAGACUUUUCUUCAAAGAACAUACAGAUGGCCAAUAGGCACAUAAAAAGAUGCUCAACAUCACUAGUUGGUAGAGAAAUGCAAAUCAGAACUAUAAUGUGAUAUCACCGCACACUGGUCAGAAUGACCACCAUGAAAAAGUCAAAUAAAUGCUGGAGAGGGUGUAGUGAAAAGAAAACCCUCUUAUGCUGUUGGUGAGUAUGUAAGCUGGUAAAGCCACUAUGGAGAACAGUAUGGAGGUUCCUUAAAAAACUGAAAAUAGAGUUACCUUAUGAUCCAGCAAUCCCCCUCCUGGUCAUACAUCUGGAGAAAACACUAAUUCAAAAAGAUACAUGCACCCCUAUGUUCACAGAAGCACUAUUUACAAUAGUCAAGACAUGGAAACUACAUAAAUGUCCAACAGAUGGAAGGAUAAAGAUGUGGUGUGUGUACACACACACACACACACACACACACACACACACAAUGGAAUACUACUCAGCCAUAAAAAAGAAUGAAAUAAUGCUAUUUGCAGCUACAUGGAUGGACCUAGAGGUUAUCAUACUAGGCAAAAUAAGCCAGAAAGAGAAAGACAAAUACCAUAUGAUAUCCCUUAUACGUGGAAUCUAAAAUAUGAUACAAGUGAACUUAUUACAAAACAGAAACAGGGGCUUCCUGGUAGCACCAUGGUUAAGAAGCCGCCUGCCAAUGACAUGAGUUCGAGUCCUGGUCUGGGAAGAUCCCACAUGCCACGAAGCAACAAAGCCCGUGCACCACAACUAUUGAGCCCGCACUCUAGAGCCCUCUAACCACAGCUACUGAGCAUGCACACCACAGCUACUGAAGCCUGCACGCCUAGAGCCCGUGCUCUGCAACGAGAAGCCACCACAAUGAGAAGCCCGCGCACCCCAACAAAGAGUAGCCCCACUCGCCACAACUAGAGAAAGCCCGUGCACAGCAACGAAAACCCAAUGCAGCCAAAAAUAAAUGGUAAUAAAUAAAAUAUUAAAAAAUCUUAACAAACAAAACAAAACAGAAGCAGACGUGAAGGUUGGUGAGUUGGUGCGGAGUUCGUCUCAGCACGCGUGGCCGCGCUGGGAUGAAUUCCUCCUCAUCUUCUUCCACAGUGGGUUUGGGCUCGGUUGACUGGCAGCUGCAGCAUUUCAUGGACGUAGAGACUCAGAAGCAGCGCUUCCGGCAGCUGGUGCACCAGAUGACGAAACUUUGUUGGGAAAAGUGCACAGACAAGCCUGGGCCAAAGUUGGACAGUCUGGCUGAGGCCUGUUUUGUGAACUGUAUUGGGCGCUUCAUUGAUACAAGCCAAUUCAACUUGAAUCGACUGUAACAGACCCAGAAAUCCAAGCCAGUCUUCUCAGAAAGCUGUUCUGACUGACUUCAGCAUUACCUCUUUGGAAAAGGAAGGUAGUUCAAGAAAAGAAGAGCAGUUGAUGGGAUGGUUGAAGAAAAGGUGGGGGAUCGGCUCCCACUUUGUCACUCUUGGGACAUCCUGUCAUCUGAGAAUGAACAAAGACCAAUUUUUUUGUGGGAGGGGUGUUUGAGGGUCAAAUGUGUUUGGGGUUGUGUUUUUUAAUGCUAAUCUGGGGAAAACAAAUGACAGAUGAAUGGAAAAUUCUACUAGAUGUAUAUUACUCUAUGUGGGAUGAAGCUUUUCUCAUAGUCCCAUUAACUGCUCCCUACAAUUUUAAUAGGGGAACUGCUCUAUAAUUUGAUAGUGGGGCCACAUAAGUAAUAAUCUGUUAUUUGUGUGGAUUCGUUUCAGAUUUCUAGAGAGAUCGACAUACGUCUUUGUGUCUCUCAGAAAGGGCAGCAGCAGGGGAAAGAGUAAUUUGGUACUUGACUGUAGCCCUCCUUAUCUAGUGUUUGACUAUCAGUGCUGGAAAAAAAGAUGUAUUGAAUAUUCAUACAGUACAUUUCACCUUUCUAGAUUAUCUCUCUCCCUUACACUGUGAUUCACUUAAAUAUCUAUAUAAAUUACAGUCUUGAGCUAGUACAGGUAACCUGAGAGUCUAGAGGCCUUUGGUUAAAGGAAUCUAGCCAGUGAACAUAAUUCUCAUACUAAACUGCCACAAGGAAGAAGUUAACUUACCCUGUAUAUUGGGGUCCAAAAAAAUUGAAAGAUGUGCCUAAAUGAAAAAAUAAGUUAUAAAGAUUUAGGCCACUCAAAAACUAACAGCCGUUUCAGGUAGAUGUGCAUGCCUAAUGUAAAUCAGCAUAGUUUCCAUUUAGUGCGUUCUUUUAAUCACUGAAAUAAAAGAUUCUACAAGAAAAAAAAACAGUAAAAGAAACAGACUCACAGAUACAGAAAACAAACUUAAGGUUACCAAAAGGGAAAGGGAGUGGAGGAAGGGAUAAGUUAGGAGCUUAGGAUAAACAGAUACAAACUACUAUAUACAGAUAAACAACAAGGUCCUACUGUAGAGCACAGGGAACUAUAUUCAAUAUCUUGUAAUAAACCAUAAUGGAAAAGACAAGAGUAAGUGAGGCCAGCUGGGAGUCUCUUGGGCUGUGAUGGGAGAGGUGGGGUUGGGCUUUGGAUGAGAGGAGGUAGAUAGAAAAAAGGUGUGACUGGUGUAGAGUCAGCACAUGCAAUACUGGAGAGGACGUAGGGCUUGUGACUUCCACACAAGGUCAAAACCUGCGUUCCUGUUUUAUCGGGUUGACCAAAAAGUUCGUUCAGGUUUUCCCAUAAGAUGCUACCGAAAAACCCGAACCAAUAUUUUUGGCCAACCCAGUAUUUUGUAACUCUCGCAGUUUUAGGUUUUUCUAUAUAUGUCUAUGAUCCAUAGUUAUUUAAUUUUUAUAAGUUCUCUUUGCAUACCCAAUUGCAUACCCAACUGCUACCACACACUGAUCUAACAAAUCAUUCUUUCUAUACCAAAUUGCUUUUGUCCCUUCACUGAAAAACAACUGAUCAGUUGUGUGUAUGUUUAUUUCUAGACCUCCUAUUCCCUUACAUUUAUCUAUUUGUAUUUAUGCUAGCACUUUCUUGUUUCCAGGUUGUUUGGCUAUUCUUGGUCCUUUGCACUUGCAUUUUCAUUGUAGAAUCCACUUCGCAAUUUCUAUUAAAAAAAAAAAAGAGCUUACCGAGAUUUUGACUUGGAUUUCACUUAACACAUAGAUCAAUUUAGAAGGAAAUAUUGAGCGUUACAAUCCGUAAAUGUGAGAUAUCUCUCCUUUUACUUGGGUCUUAAUUUUUUUUCUCAAAUUUUUAAAAUUCUGUUUACCCAUCUUGCAUGUAUUUUCUACAUCUGAUGGUAUGCUAAAUUUUAAUUGUAUUGACUAUAUUUUCUUAUUUUUUUUGUAUUUUUCCUACUCUGGCCUUUGGGGCCUUAUUCCUGGCAAGGCUAUCCCUCUCAGAGCUAGUUAGUUCCUGCAGGUAAAAAAUCCCUCCCCUAUAAGCAUGCUUGUUAUACACAAACCGACCAAUCUGGAGCCCACACCCCCAACCAUAACCUUAUCAAACUCACAUACCAAACCAAUAAUCCUCCCUGCCCUAUACCGUACCUAGCUCUGGUACCUAUACCAGAGCUAGGUACGGGACAACUAGUGUCCACCCUUCCAAAACAGAGGCCGCUGAAACAUUUCAAACUGUCUGUCUUAGUCUUAUAGGUCUGCUAUAACAGAACACCAUAGACUGGGUGAUUUAUAAAGAACAGACAUUCAUUUAUCCCAAUUCUGGUGACUGGAAAUCCUCCAAUGCCAUAAAGGUGCCUCAUGAUUGGGUGAAGGUCCUCUUCUGGGUGGCAACUAGGAAUGACCCCUGAAGCCCAAAGUCUGCCAGAAUUUUUCAAGGCUGUGAGCCAUGCUCUUCUUGACCUGCCUCCUGAGCAGAAGGUGGAGGCCCAGCAUAUGCGGCCCAGUAUGACAUGCUGUGCUUCCUGUUUCUAGGGAACCGUGUAAGUGUCCUUCUUCAAAGUAACUUCCAUGUCUGCAUGUCUCACAGUGCAUGAUUAAAACAAGUCCCUGGUACAUUUCAACACAGACAUUUGGGGAGGGGAGGGGGGAUCUGAAGUUCUCAACUGUUUAUUGCUAUUGCAAAUAGAAUGGUUUCUUUUAUAUGGAUCUUGAAUUCUUCAAGCUUCAGAUACUCAGUCGUUCUAGCAGGGUCUUUUGGUUAAUGUUAUGUUUUGUUUUUUAUUGAAGUAUAGCUGAUGUACAAUAUUAUAUAAAUUAGAGGAGUACAAUAUAGUGAUUCACAAUUUUUAAAGGUUGUACUCCAUUUAUAGUUAUAGAAUAUUGGCUAUAUUCCCUGUGUUGUACAAUAUAUCCUUGUAGCUUAUUUUGUACAUCACAGUUUGUACCUCUGAUUCCCCUACCCUUAUAUGGCCCCUCGCCACUUCCCUUUCCUCACAGGUAACCACUAGUUUGUUCUCUGUACCUGUGAGUCAGCUUCUUUUUUGUUAUAUUCACUAGUUUGUUGUAUUUUUAAGAUUCCACAUAUAAGUGAUAUUAUACAGUAUUUGUCUUUCUUUAUCUGACUUAUUUCCCUUAGCAUAAUACCCUCCAAGUCCAUCCAUGUUGUUGCAAAUGGCAAAAUUUCAUUCUUUUUUAUGGCUGAGUAGUAUUCCAUUGUAUAUAUUUAUUCUGGGUUAUGCUUUGUUUGGAGAUCCCAUAGAGUUUUCUCCGUAGAUCAGUUUUAUUUUUUCCUUAGCAAUGUGAGUAAUUUUACUUUUUAUUGCCUCAUUAUUGUGACAAUAACCUCCAUCUCAAUAUUGAA